CGUGCAACGUGGUCUAAGGAAUGCGAUAGUCAUUGUAAAGAGAAAGUGAAGUUACUCGUUGCUAACGUUAAGUAAAGUUAAUGUUCUACAUAAAACUGUUAGUGUGAGAUUUUCAAAAUGAAUCCUGGUCCACCCAAUUACCCCAUGGCCUCUCUGUAUGUCGGAGACUUGCAUUCCGAUAUUACUGAAGCCAUGUUGUUUGAGAAAUUUUCAACGGCUGGUCCGGUACUCUCAAUUCGCGUUUGUCGCGAUAUGAUAACACGUAGAUCCCUCGGCUACGCUUAUGUUAAUUUUCAGCAGCCUGCGGAUGCUGAAAGAGCUUUGGACACUAUGAAUUUUGACAUAAUCAAAGGAAGACCUAUUAGAAUCAUGUGGUCCCAACGUGAUCCUUCUCUGCGCAAGUCUGGCGUAGGUAAUGUUUUUAUAAAGAACCUUGACAAGACCAUUGACAACAAAGCUAUGUAUGAUACUUUCACGGCUUUUGGAAAUAUUUUGAGUUGCAAAGUAGCUCAAGAUGAAAAUGGAGCAUCUAAAGGCUACGGCUUUGUGCAUUUUGAAACUGAAGAAGCUGCCAAUAAAUCCAUUGAAAAAGUAAAUGGUAUGCUCUUGAACGGAAAGAAAGUUUACGUGGGCAGAUUCAUUCCUCGUAAGGAACGUGAAAAGGAACUGGGAGAGAAGGCUAAAUUGUUCACCAAUGUGUAUGUCAAGAACUUUGGAGAAGAUUUCUCUGAUGAAAUGUUGAAAGAUAUGUUUGAAAAAUAUGGCCGUAUCACAAGCCACAAAGUAAUGUAUAAAGAUGAUGGAUCCUCUAGAGGUUUUGGAUUUGUAGCUUUUGAAGAUCCUGACGCGGCUGAAAGGGCCUGCAUGGAGCUCAAUGGAAAAGAGCUAGUUGAGGGUAAGCCAUUGUAUGUAGGACGAGCACAGAAAAAAGCUGAGCGUCAAAAAGAAUUAAAACGCAAAUUUGAGCAGUUGAAGUCUGAACGAUUGACUCGUUAUCAAGGUGUGAACUUAUAUGUCAAGAAUUUGGAUGAUACCAUUGAUGAUGAAAGACUUCGUAAGGAAUUUGCUCCAUUUGGUACUAUCACUUCAGCCAAGGUAAUGUUGGAAGAUGGACGCAGCAAAGGAUUUGGGUUUGUAUGCUUCUCAUCUCCUGAAGAAGCUACAAAGGCUGUCACUGAGAUGAAUGGGCGAAUUGUGGGAACAAAACCUUUGUAUGUAGCUUUAGCUCAACGUAAAGAAGAUCGUAAAGCCCAUCUAACUUCUCAGUAUAUGCAGCGUAUGGCAAGCAUGCGCAUGCAGCAGAUGGGCCAAAUAUUCCAACCAGGCGGAGCUGGAGGCUACUUUGUGCCUACUAUCCCACCAGCACAGCGUUUCUAUGGCCCCGCACAAAUGACUCAAAUCAGACCGUCUCCAAGAUGGACUCAGCCACCUGUAAGGCCAAGCACUCAAACUGCAGCUUCUGCGUAUCCUAAUAUGCAAGCUCCUUUCCGUCCUGCGCCAAGAGCUCCCGCCCAGGCUGCUCUACGCGCUUCGAUCGGUGCUAGACCAAUCACUGGCCAACAAGGUGUAACAACAGCUGCAUCUAUACGUGCACCUCUUGUUACACAAGGCGGACGUCCGGCGGGUUAUAAGUACACCGCCAACAUGCGCAACCCGCCAGCGCCACAGCCCGCUGUACAUAUCCAGGGUCAGGAACCUUUGACAGCUACUAUGCUUGCUGCUGCACCACUUCAAGAACAAAAACAAAUGCUAGGAGAGCGACUAUUCCCUCUUAUUCAGAGAAUGCAUCCUGAUUUGGCUGGCAAAAUAACUGGAAUGCUUUUAGAAAUUGAUAACUCUGAGCUCCUGCACAUGUUGGAGCAUGCAGAGUCCCUUAAAGCCAAGGUGGAUGAAGCUGUUGCAGUUUUGCAGGCUCACCAGGCCAAGCAACAAGCUACAAAGAAGGAAUAAAGAUUAAAAUCUGAGCUGGCACAAUAAACACCC